ACUCUAAACUUACUUUAUCAUAGCAGCCGACAAACGAACUUUAAUGUACACAUAUACAUAGUCAUUAACGAAUGUGUUAGGUUAAAUUAUAAAAAUCUUUUGCUAAUAUCAACAGAAAUAUAACAAUGUUGGGAAAAAUUAAAACAAAACAGGAGAAAGGAGAGAUUAUUGCAUAUAGUGAAUCAGCUGUUGUAAAUAAUGCUGCUGUGGUAGAAUACUGUAGGAUAUCAAUGGCAGCAUUAUCAGGAGGCACAGCUGGUUUAUUAGGAUUAACUGGAUUAUAUGGUUUUGGUUUCUACAUUUUUGCUGUAUUUGGAUUAUGGGCAAUGUUAUUGUUAAAAGCUGGAGGUCAAUGGAAAAAAUAUUUUAUAAGUAGACGAAAUCUUUUAACUAGUGGAUUUUUUGGAGGCCUUUUUACAUAUGUGCUGUUUUGGACAUUCUUAUAUGGUAUGGUACAUGUAUACUGAUUAAAAGGAUGUUUAGAUUUAAGGGUUUAUAUUUUUUAACUAAAUAUGUCGUUAACUAAUUAAAUAUAUCACAAACAUUUGCCAGUUGCUGGUCAGAGUAAUAAUAUUGUUGAUAAAGCACUAUGUGAUUUAUUGUAUAUGUAUGUACAUAGAACACUUUCAAAAAUACAUUUAUUCCGUCUGUUCCA